AUGCUGACUCACACUGGGUGCCCCGAGCGGGGGCCGGGCCCCGGGGGCUCUGGCAGGCGGAGCCCUGACUGUCCUGCUCCGUCCCAGGUGGAGAACUCGGCCCUGGCCCAGGCCAAUGAGAACCAGCGGGAGACCUACGAGCGCUGCCUGGACGAGGUCGCCAACCACGUGGUGCAGGCCCUGCUCAACCAGAAGGACCUGCGCGAGGAAUGCAUCAAGCUGAAAAGGAGGGUCUUUGACCUGGAGCGGCAGAACCAGACACUGAGUGACCUCUUCCAGCAGAAGCUGCAGCUGGCAGGUGGCGCUCUGCCCCCGCUGGCCUUGCAGCCGGUGCCAGCACCAGCCAACCCCCCUGCUAGCCCCCUGCGCUGCUCAGCGGAGAAUCCCGCAGCCUCACCGCCCCCCGGCCGCUGUGUCCUGCACAGGGAGGUAUGUGGCCCUGCACCGCCCCGGGUCCCGCUCCUGGCUCGGGCAUCUCACGGCUCCUCUCCUGCUCCCCAGGUGGGCAGUGAGGGGCCCUGGGGAGGCGGUUCUGGCCCUGGCCCCCCGGCCCUGGAGGCGCUAUCUCCGUUCUUCAAGAAGAAGGCCCAGAUUCUGGAGGUGCUGCGCAAGCUGGAGGAGACGGAUCCGCUGCUGCCAGCCUGCUGCGGCCGUCCCACCCAGCCCAGCUCCGGUUCCUGCUCCACCCCCCUGGCUGGGCACCAGAGCCGGCCCGAGUCCCCUGGAUCGCCGGAGGGCGUGAACAGGGCCCCCACGCUGGAGCCAUGGCCGGGCUGCUUGCAGCUGGGGAGUAAGUGGCGGGGGCCGGAGGCCGAGGGUGGCUGCGCAUCGCCAUCUCCCGAGGAGCCGGUGCUGAGUGCGCUGGCGGAGCAGCGCCUGGGCCUGGGGCUGCUGCUGGAGGACGCCGAGUGCUACCUCCACGAGGACGCAGCUGAGCCCCGGGUGUCAGCACGGGUGGGCGGCAGCCUCAAGCACCAGGAGCACGGCCCCAGCGCAGAGCUCCCAGCGCGCUGCUACCUCUCCGGCUCCGUGGGCUCACGGCUGGAGGCUGAGGCCUGCUCUGGCAAGCACCACAUCACCAAGACACGCCCGCUGGCUACGGGGUGUCCGGCAGGGCCCCCGCCUGGUGCCAGGAACCCACCCCGGGCACCCCCGGCACCCCCAGGAAAGAGCACCAAGAGCCCCCAUGGGAAGCCCACCAAGCUGCCAUCAAAGUCGCCCACCAAAGCCGGGGCAGGCAAGACCGCGGUGCCACGCCCACCCACAGAGGAGGUUCCAACGGGCCCCGAGCGCAGAGCCCCUGAGGGUCCUGGUGGGCCGGGGCCACCCUCGGCCAUCGAGGAGAAGGUGAUGAAGGGCAUUGAGGAGAAUGUGCUGCGACUGCAGGGGCAGGAUCGGGGGCCGGUGCCCGAGGUGAAACAGAAGGACUCCCGUGGCCUGGCCAGUUGGUUUGGGCUACGCAAGAGCAAGCUGCCAGCGCUGAGCCGGCGGCCAGAGCCUGGCAAGGCCAAGGAGGAGCGGCGGGAGCGGGGGCCGGGUGCCACACCGCUGCGCCGUGAGGUCCGGCUGGCUGCCCGCAAGCUGGAGGCCGAGAGCCUCAACAUCUCCAAGCUGAUGGAAAAGGCGGAGGACUUGCGCAAGGCACUGGAGCAAGAGAAGGCUUACCUCCAUGGGCUGGCUCGCGACCGCGCGCGGCCCCAUGGGCGCCGCGAGCCCACACCCAGCGAGCUGCAGGCCCUGUACCGCGAGGUCACAGCCCAGGACUUCAUGCAGCAGCUGCUCGACAGGGUGGACGGGAAGGAGACGUCUCUCGACAGCCGGCUAGAGCAGAAGAAUGAGCUGCUGGAGCUGCAGAGGAUCCCACAUGACGCCAAAGACCCCCGUCUCUUCCGGCCCCCCCGCAAUGGCAUCGUCGGCCACCUCCGCAGCUGCGAGGAGCCCCCCGAGAAGGUCCCAGAUUUGAGCCUCAGGGAGGGUCUCCCGCCAGAUGACAGCCUAGCCGAGGCUGUGACCGCCCAGCACUUCCCAGCAUGUGGCUCCCUGACGCGGACACUGGACAGUGGCAUUGGCACCUUCCCCCCACCUGACUACUGCAGCGGGGUGCCCAGCAAACCGCCCCCCAAGCCCAAGUCACGGUCAGACACACCGCCGGGCACGGCCCCGGGGCGGCCCCCGGCCAGCACCAAGGUGCCCCGCAAGGCCCGGACGCUGGAGAGGGAGGUGCCCAGCCUGGAGGACGUGCCGGGGCCCCCCGGGGUCCCCCCCAGCACCGCACCACCUCCCAGCCUGCGCGGCCACCGGGUCUGCCAUGAAGCCACAGAGCCCCACUCUGAACUGGGGAAGCCGCGCCGAGCCCAGCAAGGCAGGAACUGGACCUUCCCCAACAUCCGGGCCAGCGGGGGCCCCGCAGCCGACCCCUUCCUGUGCACCCCCGGGGACCUGGCUGGACUGCGCGGGCCAGCGGGGGGCUCUGCACGCAGCACAACGGCAAGGAAGCGGGCAGCCUCGGAGGGGCCCCCACCCCUACCCCCGCCCUCCCUGGCACUCAGUGCCAGCAGCAGCCGGACGCCCAGUGCCUCGGACGUGGGCGAGGAAGGCAGCACGGAGGCCGGAUCCCGGGACACGGGGCAGGGCCCAGCCGGGCUGGAGAACUCGGAGUCGCUCAGCGACUCGCUCUACGACAGCCUCUCGUCCUGCGGGAGCCAGGGCUAGGUCCAGGGCCGGACUGAGGGCCCCUGGAUGCUGCGCCCCAUGGGACCAGGCAGGAUUGGGGCUCUCUGCUCUGCCCUGCCCCCUUCCAGACCAAAUCCUGCACGGGCCCCAGCGCCUGACACAGGAUGUCUUCCACCCCCACCGCUGCGAAGCCAGGCCGUGCCCACCCCCUCCAGCCAGGGGCAGCCGCAGGGUGGUGAAGCCACGGGCCCAGGGACAGGGCAACAAGCUGGCUUGGCUUCCCCCUUGCUUCCCCGCAGCGGGGGCCGUGCAGGCAGGCUGGGACCACAGCAGUGCUGCCGCGCAGGCCUCUGGAGCUGGGGCGCUCAGCUGUGUGGCAUGAGCCCUGCAUUGCACCCGGCUGAGGGGACUCUGGGCUGCCUCCCAGCUGGAGGCAGGAGCAGAUCGGGGCCCUGGCUCCAGGGUGCUGUCGGCACGGCAGCUCCAAGCUCCUUCCUGCGCGGGUCCCCGGGGGCUCACAAAAGCCCCCUCCCCUGCUGCUGCUGCAGGGCCUGCGCCUGGCUCCGGCUGCAUCCCACGGGCUUGGCGCUCUCUGGUGCUAUCUAAAGUGUACAGACCCCCCCAGUCCCCUCCCCGCUUGGGGCAUCCGAUUCCUCCCGGUUCUGAUUUUAUUUAUAUAAGUUAUUGUGCUCCCGCUCUGUCGCCUGCCCCCCCCCCAAUCAAUAAAAAGUCAAGAGCAGAGAUGCCUCGCCUGGUUGCUAUGC